AUGUUGAUUGAUAAUUAAUUACUACAUAAUCAUAAUCAUGUGCUAAUAAAACAAAAACGCUAAGCCCCAAAAACAGAAAGACUAUCCUUAAAGUUGACUAAUGUGUCUCCUGUUCGCAGUUUUCAUUAAACUCAAAGGGAUCAAUUAGAAUAGCUUAUUAAGCAGAGCAUUUAAAAUCCAAAGAACAUAAAUACACUUUUGAAUGAAUUUUUAUCUCGAAAACAAGAAGAAAGCAGAGCUAGAGUUUUUUCAUAACCUUAGAUCCAAGCUGGUGAAUGCUCCCCCUAUAAAAGAAUUAUUAAAUAGAAAGCAGCCAGCAGACCGAACAGCAAAGAAAAACGUAUAGACACAACCCCUAUUUCCCCUAAUAAUUCACUUCCAUUUAAAAAGCAAGUUACUCUUCACAUUGAAUCAACAUAUUCAUAAAAAAAGUAAACAACUAUAUCUAAACUAUCCACUAAUGAUUUGAUUUAAUAUCAUAAGUAAUUGAUACAAAAGGCUUAAAAAAUGUUACUUUAUGCAUAAUUUAAGCGAUCAACAAAAUGA